AUGGACGGCCGCCACGUGGUAGUCACUCUGACGCCCGUUUACGCUCCCGACACUCUGCCCUUCCGCUCCUUGACCUUUGCAUCUGACAAUGACACUGCUCCCAUCGGCAGAGCUUCGAAAUCCGAGACGAAGAACCUUGUUCCCGCUCAUGAUAAUGGCUGGUUUGACUCUCGUGUCAUGUCUCGCGAGCACGCCGAGUUCAGUGUGUCGUUGGAGAUGGAGGCCAUCUACAUCAGAGAUCAUGGUUCCAUGCAUGGAACGCUCGUCAACGACAAGAAGAUUACCGCGAAAGAGAAUGUCCCUGUCAAGAAUGGUGAUGUCUUGACUUUCGGAAGUGAGGUUUCUCGAGGUCCCCAAACAUUCAGGCCUAUAGCAGUUCGUUUUGACUGUAAUUGGUACGACUCAAAACCAGCUUACCUGACGCCUGCCGAACCGUCAAAGACACCCACAAAUACCUUCAGGGUACCCGAUGACGACGACGAUGUGAUUGUGGUUGUUGAAGACUCUUCCGAAUCCGCUGGUUCUACGGAUGCCGACUAUGGCUCUGACGUUAGCCGGCCUGUGGAUCUGACAUCUCCCGUAACAUCCCCCGAGGCAAAGCAUUCUGAAUUACCUAGAGCCAAACCAAUCAGAGUGGAUGCGACUGCGGGUUCUCAGCAAGAGUCCAUGAUUUUUGGUCAAGAGGAGCAGAUUCCACCUUCCUCUCCUCUUGAUAUCUAUCGCACUGAUGUUCUGGAGUUUGACGAUACCGAUAGUCAACCAGACUCUGACAACGAUUCAAACAACGGGUCAGGAUCUGCAUGGAUUCCCCCAAACGACGAAGACAUGCAAGAUGUCGAAGAGUCUGAUGUAGAUGAAGAAGAUAUUCCUAAAAUGAUGGGUAUGGAUCAGGAUGAUGUACCUCUCACAUCCUCUCAGCAAGCUCUAUCCUCGGCCCACGAUGCCAAUUUACCGUCAUCACCGAUUCCUAGACGUGCUAUUGAGGAGCCUGUCAAGAAGAUGGCACAGACAAACACUCCAAGUUUCAUUCCACCGGGGUCUGCGCUUUAUUGUCCCGCACCUACCUUGACGCCGGUUAUUCGUCCACCAGCUCUUUUCCAAACAGAGCCUUCUCAUCUUGUAGCAACUUCCGCAAAUAAUCAAGGCCAGUGGUCUCACUUCCAUUCUCCACGUAUUCCUAGUCCAUCGGACAAGGCGAUGGCAAAGUCUUCAGGGAAUAGCGUGCCAAAUUAUCAAUCGUCAUUCCAAGACUUUACGUCCAAUAUGGAUUGUCUCUACGACCUACAUGAACCUCCUGCACCUGUAUGCCAAGAAGCGCGGUCAAGCUUAUUGAAUCAAUACGUCCCUAAUGCCGCAAAUGAGUCGUUCCCUUUUGGUCCACAUCGCUCUUCGGGAUAUUUGCGCCACUUGUCGGAUGAAGGAAAUGGAAUUGCUCAACCCCAAUCUACGUUUGACAAUACCGACCCACAUCUGCUAUUCACUUAUAAAUCGAAACCUGGGUCCUCCAAUGAAGCCCAGAAGUCCACCGAGCCCACCCCUACACGUGUUUCGAUUGAAGAUAUCCUCGAAAAGACUUCAGGCCAGUCCGUACUUCGUUGCUCUUUGAAACGAAAAGCAGAUGAAUUGGAGACCGAUCAACCCAAGGAAACUGAAAAGGAGCGGGAGCCUAAUACUCAGGAUAGCCUGCCAGAUGCUCAGCCACAAGUCAACCUCAAAGAUCUGGUCAUUUCGGAUCUCAAAGUUGUGAAUGCAACUAAUCAACAUUCCGGACGCAAUCGAGAACACCGUCGUAAGCGAGUUAAGACACGACAGCCCGGAAACGUGAUCAAAUACGCUACCGCUGCUAUGGUUGGGGCUGUGGUUGGCGGUAUAAGCACCGUCGUUGCCCUGGCCGCCCUUCCUCCUGGAUUUUUCGAGUAA